AUGGUCGAUGCGGACUGCAAUCGCUCUGAGAGUGCGCUGGUUGGCGGAAGCGCAAUGCUCGACGGGGGCGAGGCCCCCACGGCGGCGACAGAGGCGCCGGCGACAGGAGCGAUCGACUUGAAUGAAUUGCUCCGCUCAGGGCAAAAGCUCCCGCCCAGCGCACGUCCGCCAGAGCCAGCCGGCGCCGACGGCCUGGAGCAGCAGUCUUGGCUGCAGCAGCUGAAGAUGUGGGCCGUGGCGCAGAGCCGUCUCGAGGAGACGCCAAUGUACCAGAUCAAGGAGCAGGCCUUUUCGGAGCAGCUGGAGCGGGAAGCUGAGACGCGCCGGCGCCAGGUCCUCGCCCAGCGCAAGGAGUACCAUCGUCCGAUGGACUUUCUGCAGCUCGAGAGGCAGGCCAAGCUUGAGGCGGAGGAGCGAAAAUGGGAGGCCGCGCCAGAGCCCGCUCGGCCGAAGCCGGGCGCGCCGGUCCGGCUCCCUCCCUGCAAUAGCCAGUAUCACGUCUCCAAGUUCCAGCUCGCCGCGCGAGAGAGCCACGCGCGCCGGCUGAAUGCGGAGGCGAACAAGCGGCAGGAGGCGUGCCGCAGGCGUGAGGCGGCACGCGAGUACGCGACUACGACGGCGGCCAUGAGGAGGCAGCCGCCCCUGCGCAAGUCGGCGAGCCGGUUGCAGCCGCCAGCUGCUGGGAAGCGCAUCGACUCGAUCAUAAGCGGUCCCCCCGCAUCGAGGAGAGGGCUCUACCCGGCAGUCAGGACAUAUGCGACGCUGUCUCCGCGCCGGAGGGAGGCGCCGAGCUCGCAACCGCCGUCCCGCGUCGCCCACGAGCAGCAAGUCAAGGCGCUGGCCGCGCGCGCCACGACGCUCAACCAGCGCGUCCGCGAUCUUGAGGCGGAGCGGGGCGAGCAGCGGCGGGGCCUGGAGAACAGCGUCAUCUCCGAUUUCCUGGCCCACGAGACGGACAAGUGGGAGGGGGCGCUGUCGACCCAGCAGGAGGUUGUCGCAGGUUACGCCCAGGCCAUUAGGGCCAAGCUCGAGCUCUGGGAGGCGCUAGGCCAACGAUCCUACCCGUGA